UCAAGGAAACAAUAACAACAAUUCCUCUUAAUCUGGGCACACUGGGACUGGCUAGAUCUAGUUUGUAGUCAUUAAAGCUCUGAGUUGCAAGCAAUGGCAGAUGGUCCAACCCCACCAAGGUCCAAGUACAUGACGGCUGAAUUCAAGUGUCCUAAAUGUCAUAAUGGGUGGAUCAGUAUAAGGUCUCUCAAUCUCCCUGAGAAAUGUGACACACCAGGCUGUAAGCAUGAUUGCAGGCCCAUCAGGUAUCGACUGGCUACUCAUCAAGAGCAGCUACAAGGAGAAAGGAUGAAGAUGGUGGCCAAGUACAAGUGCAAUAAGUGCAACACGAGAUGGAGGAGCUCCAAUUCAUCUGGAAGCUGUAAAGCUUGUCCACACUGCGAAGCACAAGGAAUAACGAACAUGGUCAAACCAUACAGAUACCAGUCUACGACAAAGAUCAAGCCUAGUAACAAAAAGAAGAUUGGCAGAAGAGGAUAUCGUAGAUGGUUCGGUUCUUUUGAGUGUGAUUGUGGAAAUGAAUGGAAAAGUGCUUAUGCUUGGGAGGGCAUGCAUCAAGAGUGCCGAAAUUGUAAGACGGCAGUACUCCCAAACACUUUGGACCCCUUAAAGUACACUGGUGGCGUCGGUAAACAGCCGCAUCAGGAGGACCUUUGCGAAAUGUGCCAGAAGCUAGGGCACAGCUGCAAAAAUUUUACUCCAGUUACCACAGAAGAAUUAACCGUAAUUGAAGAUGAGGACAUAGAAGACAAAGAUAACCAUGCUGAUGAUGAGAGUGUCGUAUCCCUCCUAAGCAGCACCAGCACCGACUCAGGAGUUGACCAAGAAGAUAACGAGAACACACCAGUAGCCACUGAUGAUGAACAGGUCGAUACACUUUUGGCGGAUAACGUGGCGAACCUUGCCAUUAACGAUUACUAGUCAUUAAUUAAUGAACAUGUAGACUGUACAAGCGUUCAUAGAAAAACUAUAUAGCUAUAUAGUAGCGUGAGUAUUACUCUUUGAGCGAAACAACAUGGCCUAAGGCCUUUUAGUACUGCGAUACUUGUUGAACUUUGCAUUCCAUGCAUGUGCUGUACAUAGUUUUAUUGUUUUUGUGAGUGAUGUAUAAUAAUUCAUAUGAAUAGUUGGAGGACAUUGA